GUCGUGCUGUUCCAGCGGCGGAUGUUGAUGUUUUGUUUCGGAGCUCGCUGAGGCGAUAUGUGAACUACUUCAUAUUUUUGUACCCGUCCUCUCCGUUUUGUCUUGGGCCUGCGUUUUAGGGAAGGUUUCUCUGUUUGUCGGCACCGUGUUUCUCCCGGUGUCACUGCCGGGGAGCGAUGAUGGAGGACUUUGAUGAAAUCUACGAAGAGGAGGAGGAAGAAGAGGACGAGGACAGGGCCGCAGAGGAACAGCUCCUCAAGUACGCUCCGGACCCGGUGGUGGUUCGAGGGUCCGGCCACGUCACGGUGUUUGGACUUAGUAACAAAUUUGAGUCAGAAUUUCCUUCAGCACUUACAGGGAAGGUGGCACCAGAAGAAUUCAAAGCCAGUAUCAAUCGAGUGAACAGCUGCCUGAGGAAGACGCUCCCAGUGAACGUGCGGUGGCUGCUGUGCGGCUGCCUCUGCUGCUGCUGCACUCUGGGCUUCAGCUUGUGGCCGGUCAUCUGCCUCAGCAAAAGGACUAGAAGAUCAAUAGAGAAACUUUUAGAGUGGGAAAACAACAGACUUUAUCACAAGUUGUGUUUGCAUUGGAAACUUAGCAAAAGGAAGUGCGAGACCAACAACAUGAUGGAAUAUGUAAUCCUAAUAGAGUUCCUUCCCAAGAUCCCCAUCUUCAAACCAGACUAACGAGACGACAGAAGAGCCAAAAAACCUCCACCGCUGCCCAAUUUUCUCCUAAAGUUACAAUGGCUGUGAAACUCCUCCCUCUGAAAAACUCCACUAGUGUUUACAUUUGUCGCCCCUCUUUUCACAAACAUACUUGUUCUGCAUCCUUGUUUACAAAUCCAGCAGGCCCUUGCUUUUUUUUUUUUUGAGGGAACUUGCCAUUGAAAUUUGACCAUUUGGUCAAACCCGUGCUUUGUUGAGCUGCUGCUGACCCUCAUCAGAGGAGGAGCAGCCUUUUGCAGGGACGCUGCUUUUAAAGCUCCAACAGAAGACUGGACGCUCACGUUGAGUUCUGUGAGACAAAAACUUAAUAUUUGUCACUUUCGUCCCUAAACUAAGCACACAGCACAGCCAGGCUUCAAACAAACUUCACAGGCUUCCUUGGUUUGAGAGCUGUUGAAUUCAUGCCCUGAAUAUGUACUUUGAACACAAGAUGGAGCGAAACAUGAGAGUUCAUCCAGAUAAAUGUGAAGCAGGCAGACUAGUCCCACAGGAACAUGUCAAAGUUCACUCCUCAUCCAUUGGAUAUCUUCUUGCCCUGUGCACAACCAGUGACAAUCAUACACUCUGACUGCACUGUUUAUACUAUAUAAAUGGGUCUUUGUGCUACACAGUUCACCCAAAGCAAUUAGAUUUCAAUGUUGUUUGUGUCCAAGUGAUGGACUGGUCACCCAGCAACCGGGUAAUGACAAGACAAAAGGUUUCUUUCACUGUUUUUCUUUAUUUUAUGGAUCAGAUUUUGUUUACUGUUUUCGUCCAAAUGUGCAUGUGCGGGUCAGACGGAGAAACAGGCAAUCAAAAUGGAAAUGCAGAAAUUUCUCACCUCAGAAAGAAAUAGAUUUAUUUCUUAAUGUUUUUUUUUUUUUAUUUUUUUUUUUACCUAUUAUGAUUUUUUUGUUGGUUUGUGUAACUGUGUUGUUCAUGGAAACUUUUGGUUGUUUUGUUAAAUUUGUGGUUAAGUGUCAACAUUGAAGCACUCUCUCUGAGUCCUGCACUCCUUUCUGUGGCCUGUGUCACUAAAACGCAGAGCUUAACUUGUUUCCAAGUGUUUGAGUCCCAAACAAGAGUCAGAGCUCUGCUGUUUUAGAUGUCUCGAUUUAUAAGUUCAGGUGUUUUGGUUGAUAAGGAAGUUUAAAUUAAGAAGACUCAUCCCAAACUGGAAACAUGAAUUAAACGUUGCACUAGUACCUAUUUGUUUUUUUUUUUAAACCAUAAAAAUGCUUCUUAAGUUUGAAAACCUGCAAAGAUUCAUCUUAGCAUCCUUGUUUUCUUUCUUUUUCUUUCACUUGCUUCUGCCAUCAUUACUGUGAUGUUGAGCUGAAUAAAAGGCGAUCAAGACAGUGAUUUCUUGGUGAAUAUAUGAAUUUUAAAGGUGUCACUCUUUCUGUUUAAAGCUUGAAUGCAUCACAGACGUAGGAGUAGGUGUGGGCCGAUAUGAGACUGAGUGAAAACACCAUAUUUUCAUCGAUCCACACAAAGAUUGAAAUCAAUGUCUAACAUGAUGUAGUUGCUUUAAACACAGCUGCAGCUACAAAAAUAACAUCUACAGUUAGCUUUUUAAAUGUGCUGACUGUGUAUCAUGCAGUACCUUGUAUUUCUGCCUUGUAUGCAGUGACACAGGCAGCAUAAUAAUCUGAUGAUAGCUGGCCAGUUAGUUGUGCUAUCUGCUAAGGUAGCUAUCCUGCAGUUUGCUGCAUACCAGACAUGACGCUCACAGCUUUUAUUACCAGGAAUGUUUCUAAACAGCCUCUUAUUUUCUUGCAAACAAGGGGAAGUGUAGUGGCCUUUUUUCAGGUAGACGACUGCUUUGUUGUUCUGAAUAUUCAGAAUGGAGAGAAAUACAUUCACUCUGGUUAUUUUUCAUGGAAAAAACCUUGGUGUCCAUUCAUUCUUUAAAUCUGCCCGUACCUACCUGAGAAGAGAGAAAGCAAAAUAUCUUGCACCCAUUGGAGAAUAUUAGUAGUAAAUUUAUGGCACCUAAAUCAAAAUGAUUUGUUUUAAAUUCAGCAACGAUUUAACUUCAUUGACUUUGUGUAAAACUGCUUCCAUGUCACAUGUCACAACUCAAAGCACCAGUCAGUUUGAUGGCAUACUCAGCAUUUGAUAAAGAGAUAAGUUGUGACCGACAAAGACUGCAGACCAGUGUCCAAACAUCCAUAUAUGUUUACUGAGAUUAUGUAUACAUAUAUCUGUGGAAUUUGAACAAAGCCACCCUGUUUUAGCUCCGGUGAUUGUAUAGGUGGCACUCAGGGGACAUAAAUAAUAAAAUGUAGCAUUAAUAAUCUUGUCGUUUAUUUUCCACAGUUGUGACAGGGUAUCGUGUGUAGUAGUACAGAAGACCACACAUUACUUGAAUAACUGUAAAAUUAUGCAGCUAGUUUGUUUUGAAAUGAGGAACGUGAAAAAAAAAACUCAAAGUUGAUUAAGCUUCCUGAUGUCUCUGGUCUUUUUGUUCAGAAGCACACACUUCACCAACCCACACAGAAAAGUAUUAGUUUAUAUUGUAAGAAGAUAAAAAAUAAAAAAAAUCAGCUAUCUUGCUGGUUGGCAUUUUUGGUUCAUCUGUCACUUUUCUACUUUUGAUUGUCCUCUGCUUUUUGUAAAUCAAGGCAUAAGGUGUUUAUUUUGUUUUUAUGUUUUGGUAUGCGCACAGUGAAUGCCGGAUGCAUAUUGAUUUCGUAUUGCUGAUCGUGUGAUUGAGUUCUACACAGAAAUGCGUCAUUUUUAUAUGAUCCAGAGUGUAAUCUGUAUGUGUGCGACUGUGUGAGUGAGAAAAAGAUAUAUACACAUGUAGAUAUAUGUACAGUUAUAAAACUACCAAUAAAAAGAAAGUGGACAACUUUCUUCCUCAUUAU